AUGUCGCUUCCAGAUGUUUUAAAGCGUGGAGAUGAAUUUUUGGCACAGUAUCCUAGAACCAACGCGCUGUGGCAGUUGGGGUCGCACGCUACAUGUCUGCUAACAGUGGGAAUAUCGAAGUUCAUCCUCAAAACUUGCUAUAAUGUCCAGUUGAAUCACUUCGAUAGACUAGAGAACGCUUUAGAUCGCUCGGUAUCGGAAAAUCGUGGAUUAAUGACAGUCAUGAAUCAUAUGUCAGUGGUAGACGAUCCGUUUAUAUGGGGUGUGUUCCCUUGGAGAAUAUAUCGUGAUCUAGACCAUAUUCGUUGGUGUCUUGGGGCUCAUAAUGUGUGUUUCCAGAGUAAGUUUUUGGCCACUUUCUUCUCGUUGGGCAAAGUACUUUCCACCCAAAGAUUUGGCGGUGGACCCUUUCAAGGCUCCAUUGACGCAUCAGUGAGACUUUUAUCUCCUGACGAUACUUUGGAUCUCGAAUGGACACCAAGUUGGGCUCAAACCCCAACCCCGACAGAUACCCCGCAGCAGGCACAUAUGGCCACGGUUUCGAAACUUGCCAAAAAUUACACUCCUCCUGUGAAAAGAACCAAACCCUCUUGGGUCCAUGUGUAUCCAGAGGGGUUUGUUUUACAACUGGAAUCCCCAUACGCGAACUCCAUGAGAUACUUCAAGUGGGGGAUCACAAGAAUGAUUCUAGAAAGCACCAAGGCCCCCAUUGUCGUACCCAUUUUUAGUACUGGGUUCGAAAAGAUUGCGCCGGAAUCUGCAGCAGGAACUAAAAUAGAACGCUACCUGCCUCGAAAUUUUGGAGCAGAGAUCAAUGUGACAGUAGGUGACCCUAUAAGUGAGGAAAUAAUACGAGCAUAUCGGGAGGAGUGGAAGCUGUUAGUCGAGAAAUUUCAUGAUCCAAAAAACCCUACUGACCUCACCACGGAGCUGAAGGUUGGCAAAGAUGCACAGGAUUUGCGUAGCAGGCUGGCGUCGGAAUUGAGGGCGCAUGUGGCCAGAGUUCGCCAUGAAAGUCGAAACCUUCCUGUCGAGGACGAAAGGUUUCAAUCCCCACAAUGGUGGAAACAAUACACAGAGUCUGAGGGACAAUCUGACCCUGCUGUCAAAUUCAUAGGCAAGAAUUGGGCGGUGAGAAGGCUGCAAAAGUUCUUAAAUGAGCACGAGAACAACGACGACUCGACCAAAAGUAACACUGAACCUGACAUCAAAAAAUAA